AUGAUUGGUCAGAUGUCACUCAAGCUGAGGGGCGUGCCCUCUGAACUAUCCAAUCAGAGGGCGCCGCUGUGCAGGUGGGUGGAGCGACACACCGCUCAGGUGAAGACCACCCUACUUUCGCCCGCCUCACUGGGGAAUGGUGUGUCUGUGGUUCAUGCUUCCUGGUGGAGUCGGCCCUGGUGUGUGUUGCGCUCUGACUCAGCACUGGUCGUGGGAGCCGUGGGAAGGCCUCAGGGGGACCCGGGAAGCCUAAAAAUGGACUCAGUGGUCUUUGAGGAUGUGACUGUGAACUUCACCCUGGAAGAGUGGGCUUUACUGGAUUUUUCACAGAAGAAACUCUACAGUGAUGUGAUGGGGGAAACCUUCAGGAACCUGGCCUCAGUAGGAACAACAUGGGAAGAUCAUGACAUUGAAGAUCAGUACAGAAACCAGGGGGGAAAACUAAGAAGUCAUAGGCAGAGAGACUCUGUGAAGGUAAAGAGGAUAGUCCUUGAGGAGAAAACGUAAACCUUAUUCCAAAUCACAAUCCGAAGAAGAAAACUCUUCCCAGAGUAAGACCAUGGGGACACAAAGUAUGUGGAAAAGACCUCAUGCUUCAUUCCUCCCAUAAUAGGUCCACCAGAAGUCACAUUGGACACAAGCCAUAGGAGUAUCAGGCAAAUGGAGAGAAUAAAUGCAAAGUAUGCGGGAAAGCCUUUAGUUACCUGCAGUGUUUUGAAAAACGUAAAAGAAAUCACAGUGGAGAAGAAAACCUAUAAAUGUAAGAAAUGUGGGAAAGCCUUCAUAUGGCUCAAAACUUUGCAAAGGCACAGGCUAACACAUAUUGGGGG